GUGCCAAUGACCAUCCAUGACAGGCCGCAGGCCGAUCCCCCUGUUCCCGCCGCCGCCCCCUCCUCCCUCAUUUCCUCGACCCCCCGCGCGGGGGCGGCGCCUCGGGUCGCCGCCGAGGACGCCGUGGGCGGGCAGGGGGGCGCCACCCCCGCGCGGCCCAGUGACUGCUCGAGCCAGCGGCGCGGGUGGGGCGAGGAAAUAGUGAGGAACGCGGGUUUUAACACUGGCGCGGUCGCAGCGCGCAGGGCCGCCCCCCGCGCAGGCCUCCGCGCGGGGCGCCCACCGCGAGAAGCCGCCGGCCGCGCCCGCGGUGCUGCUCGGUGCGGCGGCGUGCGCCGCCGCCAGCAUCGCGCGGCCGCGCACGCGGCGAACGCGCAUGCGACUGGCACCCCGCGCGGAGAUGGAGGCGCAUGCCAUGGCGAACGCCACGGACCGGUCCGAGGCGAAUCCUGGGAAGGUGGUGCAGAUGGCACAAGAUGUUGGCCUGAAGCUCGACGUUAAGCCCUGGGAGUUCCUCUCCUCAAUCGCGAAGGACGCAGCGCGCAGCUGGUUCAUCAAGCGAGCGGAGGAUCGCGGUAUCCAGUGGACUGAGAGCGUGCAGCUGAAGAGCAGUCGCCAGGCGGAGCUGGACCGCCUGUUCGAGCAGGUGCGCGAUCCCGAGCUGCAGUACCCGGCCUACUACACCCAGCCUUUCCACGGCUACGACGACGGCAACCUCAGCUGGAAGGCCGCGCACGAGCUGGAGGCCGCCACGCAAUCGAUGUGCCUCGGCUAUUACCAGGCCGAGACGACGUGGGAGGAGGCACAGGAGAGGUUCCGCGGCUCCGCUCGCGUGGCAAUCGCGGACAGGUGGCGCCAGGCACAGGGCGUGGCGGAAGCAGUUUCGGCACCGCCGCCCACGAGGCUCCUCGACGUAGGCUGCAGCGGCGGCUUCUCGACGCGGCAGAUGGCGGACACGUUUCCGGGCGUUCGGGCCACGGGGCUCGACCUGAGCCCUUACUAUCUGGCCACGGCAAAGAGCACGUACCCAGAUCUGGAGUUUACCCACGGCCUCGCGGAGGCCACAGGGUUUGAGAGUGGACUGUUUGACAUGGUGACGUUCAACUUCCUCUUACACGAGCUACCUCGCGAGGUCAGCAUCGAGGCUCUCAGGGAAGCAUACCGGGUGCUCGCGCCAGGUGGGGUGAUUGCGGUGUUGGAUGUCGACCCGAUGAGGCUGCUGGAGCUGCCACCAUUCCGCCGCUGGGCCUUCCAAGUGACGGAGCCGUGGUGCAAAGACGGCGAGUAUUAUGCUCUUAAUGUUGGUGAGGAGUUGCAGAAGCUGGGGUUCGUCGAUGUGGUUUCCACCUCGAACGAUCCAGUGAACUCCCUCGUGCUCGCGACGAAGACGAAAGUCUCGUGAUCGAGCUGACGGCAGAGCUGCAGGUGGAACUACAUUCGGGAUCUUUACCCAGUUCGAAGCCUUCAAUCGAAGAAUUGCUAAGGUUUGAACUCAUGUCUGCGUGAGGUUUUGCUGACUUACAGUAAGUGAAGCAUCCUCAUUCAUGUACACAUUCUUCGACCAAGAGGUCGUAUUACUUCUGGCCCAGCGUAUUUAAUUUGCUUAUGGGUAGUUUACAGUUUUAAAUACACCCAGUAGGGUCGCACGCGCAAGUGACAUUAGAGGGUUGCCCGCUUAAGUGGGGGCAGCCCAGUUCCGUAUGACACAGUUGACCGUGUUGCAUGGUUUUGUCGGCAUUUGCCGCUCAACGCAGUAGUUCGACAGUGACGAUUUCGCGCUGCGUGCAAUUUUGACGCAGUCUGGCCGAACUUCAUCAAGUUUUCGAGCUCGACCAUGGUUUUUUUGGUGAGCUUCUGUACAAAUUGUCGCGGAUCGCUCAGCGCGUACAGACACGCGAUAUUCGCAGCCUUCGGCUGGAACAAAAAAAAGAGAGGAACCCAAGAUGGGGAAAUCCAACUGACAUUUCGAGCCCC